CUUACUGGGCGGGCCAGAAAGUGGGCGGAGAAACACCCACGCGAGCUCAAUAGCUGCGGGUGGCCCCGGCAGACCGGAGCACAGCGCCGAAGUCUCCACGCCAGCAGCGACUCUCCCGCCGGCAGGUCAUUCCAGAAAGAUGAGGAUAUAUAGUGUCUUAACAUUCAUGGCUUACUGUUGUUUGCUGAAAGCAUUUACUAUCACAGUUCCCAAGGACCUGUAUGUGGUAGAAUAUGGCAGCAAUGUGACGUUGGAAUGCAGAUUUCCAGUAGACAAACAAUUAAACCUGCUUGCGUUAGUUGUUUACUGGGAAAUGGAGGAUAAGAAAAUUAUUCAGUUUGUGAAUGGGAAGGAAGACCUGAACGUUCAGCACAGUAGCUACCAUGGGAGGGCCCAGCUGUUGAAGGACCAGCUCUCCUUGGGAAAGGCUGCACUUCAGAUAACAGAUGUGAAAUUGCAGGAUGCAGGGGUUUACUGUUGCUUGAUCAGCUAUGGCGGUGCCGACUACAAGCGGAUUACUUUGAAAGUCAAUGCUCCAUACCACAAAAUCUACCACACAAUUUCUGUGGAUCCAGUCACCUCUGAACAUGAACUAACGUGUCAGGCUGAGGGUUACCCUGAAGCUGAAGUCAUCUGGACAAGCAGCCAUCACCAAGUCCUGAGUGGCAAAACCAGCAUCACCAGUUCCAAGAGGGAGGAAAAGCUUUUCAAUGUGACCAGCACACUGAGAAUCAACACAACAGCUGACGAAAUUUUCUACUGCACUUUUCGGAGAUUAGGUCAUGAGGAAAACAACACAGCUGAGUUGGUCAUCCCAGAACCAUAUCCAGAUCCAGCAAAAAAGAGGAAUCACUUGGUGAUUCUGGGAGCUGUCUUCUUGUUCCUGCAUGUAACGCUGGCAGUCAUCUUCUGUCUGAAAAGAAAUGUGAGAAUGAUGGAUGUAGAAAAAUGCUGCACCCAAGAUAUGAAUUCAAAGCAACAAAAUGCUACACAGUUUGAGGAGACGUAAUCCAGUGUUAAAACUUCUGAUCUUAAAACAGGGAUUCUCAGCCUGUGGUUUGGGUUUAUCAGACCAGAGGUAUGCAGUGGGCCAGGGGGCUACAGAUGAUGUAGAACUUAAAAAGCCCAAGCUCUGAAGACAGAAGCUGAGAAAGAAGAGGAGAACAAAGGAAGAAGGAAUAAAGGUACCGUGGAAGGAAACAUUGGUACUUCUGAAUGAUGGAAGACUCAUCAAUGCAUGUGAAAAGGAGAAAGGACACUUCUAAAUGAUGAACCUCCAUGUACAUUAUCCAUCACUCAUCUUAGGAAAACAGGUUGAGAUUCCCUGAUUUAAUGGUCAGUUCCUCCAGAAGUGCCCUUUGCCUUUACUCAGUGCUUUGAUUUGUCUUCUGGUUGCCACAGUGUUUUGAGUAUGAUUUAUUUUUAUUUACUUUGAGUCUGUGGGGUCUUGUCCUGUGAGUGUGGUUGUGAGUGAUUUCUUUUGAAGAUAUGCUGUAGUAGAAAUUAACAUUUUUUUCACCAGACCAAAUUUACUGCUCAAUGACUUGCGUGUGUCAAGUAAAAUGUAGUAUUUGUAAAGUAGUAUUUGUAGUAUUUGUAAAGUACUUGUUAUCCUCUAUAACUGUUAGUACUUAGGAAUCAUAGAGAACAAACCAUUAGUUUGUAUAAGAUAUUUUUAAUACCUUAUUUAACCCACUGAUACUUCAAUUGUCUUGGAUAAUCUUAUUCUCAGACCUCAAAAUAAGAUAUGUUACCAAAAUAUCUGUUACACUUAAAUAUCAGCUUUACAACUAUGUGUGCACAUAAACUCAUUUUAUUCCUGUAGCAAUAGUGGUAAGCACUAGUGGUAAGCACUCUUAUUCUACCCAUUUCACAACUGAGGGAGCAGAGGUAAAGAAACUUAACCAAGGCAAUACAUAGCAGACCUCAGAUUUCCAAAACUGUCACCCCCUGUCCUUUUAUUUAUUUAUUUAUUUAAAUUGAGGUAUAGUCGAUUUACAGUGUCGUGCCAAUCUCUGCUGUUAAGCAAAAUAACUCAGUUAUACAUAUAUAUAUGCUCUUUUUUAAUUAUUAAAAAAUUAAUAAAGACACUUUUUUACUUUCUGUCCUUUAGAAUAUAAUUUACAGCUAUGCUUUAAGACAUGUUCAUUCAGCGAACAUUUAGGAAGUGCCCUAGCAUGUCAAUCACUGUGCCAGGCAGAGUCUACAGAUGUGAGCAAGAUAAGGAAACUUCCCUCUAGGAGCUCAUAGUAUAAUAAGGGCAUCAAUAAGAAAAUAUAUCGCUACAAUAUGGUCCAUUACAGCACAAGGUAUAAGAGGAGAAAAAUGUUGUGAGGAGGAAAAUUUAGAAAGCUUCCAAAGGAGGGGAUUCUCUGGGUAGCCAGCCAGUGUGUUCCUGGACAAUUGAAAAGCAUAAAUAUUUUAAAAAUCAAAGCGAUUUCAGUUUAUGAGAUGCCAGUAUUCUUUAAAACCAUGGAAAAUGGCUCUUGAAAUCCUUUUCUAUCAUUGUAUUUACCCCUGAUUGGUUUGCUUUGCCAUAAAAUUUGAUGCUUAUUUAUAUAGGGCCUGGUAUUGUUAAUAGCAGUUUUCUUUUUUUAUUUAAAUGCAACUGAAUUUUGAAUUUAUACUUUUUCAUAAUUUGAAAUUCAAAAAGUCCAGUAGGAGACAUUAAAAAGUCUCCAUUCCAUCCUCCUACUCAUCUAGUUUCCCUUUCCAGAAGCAACCACUCUUAUCUUUUGUUCAUUUGUCUUCUAAAGAUAUUCUGUGGAUAUAUGUGAAAAUACUUGUAAAAUGUGUAUAUGUUUUUGAUUUUUGCUCUUUUCCACAUAAGCGGUAAUGCAUUAUGCAUCUGCUGUGCACUUUGCUAUUUUUAUUUAAUGUACUAUUUCUUAUGUAGUAGAUAGAACAAAUGUGAAGUUCCCAGAGGCUGGGCACUGUCUUAUUUGUUCUAGGUCAUCUUUUCCAUAGCCUCCUAGAAGUUGUGUGUGCAUGCUAAGUCACCAGUUGCAUCCCUGUGUGACCCUAUGGACUGUAGGCUGCCAGGCUUCUCUGUCCAUGGAAUGCUCCAGGCGAGAAUACUGGAGUGAGUUGCCCUGCUGUUCUCCAGGGGAUCUCCCCAUCCCAAGAAUCAAACCCAUGUUUGAUCUUACGGGAGAAAAGAAGUGGGUUCAAUCCCUAGGUUGGGAAGAGCACCUGGAAGAGGGCAGGGCAACCCAUUCCAGUAUUCUUCCCUGGAGAAUUCCAUGGACAGAGAAGCCUGGCAGGCUACGGUCCCACGGUAGUAUAUACCAAAUAGUUACUACAUUUAGACAACCAGCCUUUGUCGAGUCCUUGCUCUAUGACUGUGUUUGGAUUUGGUUUAUUUUUUGUUUCUCAAAGAGAGAAUGUGUUUCUCACAAUGGAUUUUCCAGAAUGCACCAUGUCAACCUGGCCUUAAAGGAUGACUUUAUUGCUAAGUCUGUAUGACAGAUUCAUGUCUGGAACUUGGGUUUUUUUUUUUUUUUCUGUUUUCUCUUGAGUAUAAACUUGACUUUGAUUUUGCACUUGAAAAAUUGUGUUCUUUUUGGAAAUUCCAGUCAAGAACCUUGACCCUAGAUCCUCAUUUGUGCCGGAAAAGGCUUGUGAGGCCUGUGAGCUGUCUGAACCCUUGAGUCCAACCAGGUCUUACCACUACACAGGUCUCCUAAGAUAUUGCUUUCCAAAUGUUCAGAUGCCCUCUAGGAGAUCCCGGAAUAUUUCUUCCUUCCUCACUUACCUGGAUCAGUGACAAGGAAAAUAUUCUUUGCUUUGCCAUAUAUCAAAGCUGAAGAAACAGAAUCUCCAGUAGAAAUUUUUCUGUUAUCUUUUUGUACAUGUUCAUUUGCACAAUAUCCCUUGUUUGGGUGACAGUAUCUUUUGUGUGAAGUACAAGCAAGAAUUUUGGUUCAGCAAGAUGUGAAGUCUGUUCUCUCCAUUCCUAAAUCUUAAUGCCUUAUUGUGGUGUUGGAUUUCUAAGGCACUUUAUUCCUUUGUCUUGUGUUUCAUUGUAAAUGAUAUAGGCAGAGGUGAUAUCUAAUUCUGCAUUUGUCAUUGUUUACAUGUGCAUUAAUUUAAUAAAAUAUUCUUAUUUAUUUUGUUA